AUGGAAUCUUCAGAUACAGAUAUUUUGAGUGACCUCAAGAAAGAGUUCAGGAACAUUAAAUGUUUGGCGACCGAAGAAAAGUCGAAAAAAUCUGUACGCAACUGCGGAGAAUGCAAAAUUGGCAGCGAUAAACCAGAAAUUGAUUUUACCAUAGCAUCGGCAAAAUUGGAUGGAAUUUUAACGAAAAUCAAAAAUGAUUCUCCGCAUUAUUUCAAAGCUCUCUCAAUGGCUGCCUCGAUUUUAUACGAAAGGGCCAAAAUUUGUCUUAAUUUAAAUUUAUUAGAAGAAUCCAAAGCUUAUUUGGAAAAAGGUUUGCAACUGGUUGAGAAAUUUAUUGAUAAUUCACAGGUAACAUUUAUCUAUUUGAGAAUUGUGAAUUUUCUAUCAUACAUUGUUUCAAGACUGAAUGAUUUCGACAAGGCAAAAAACCUCUUAGAAAUGGUCGUCAACAGUGAACUCAAAUGCAAACCUGUAGUGUACAGUACCGACGAUUUGUUCCUCACUACCAAGAUCGAGGACAACGUCUCUAAAACCAAGCUGGAAAAAUUAAAUAUCAACAAUAUACAAAUGCUGGGAUGGAUAUACUAUAAACUAGGCAUGACGAAUUUAUACGCCCAAACUAUCCAUAAAGGCUUACAGUUGGAAUUAGACAUCAAUGACGGGGAUCCAGUUCAUUGGGCAACCAGAUGUUGCCGACUGGCAUCGUUUUUCAUAAUCCAAGAUAUGUGGGAAAACGCUAGAUACCAUUUAUCAGCAGCUCAAAUUGUUUUGGACGCCGUGGAAUUAACAUCAUCUACGAAUGCUUCGUUUUUUAAAGCACAAGGCGACCUGGCUAGAAUAUGGGUUAAUUAUGGACUGCAGCUCUUUGGCAUCAGCAGGAAAUCCAUACUGGAGAAAGUUUGGGACGAGAACGACGAAAUUAAGCCGAAUAAAAAACUAAAAUCAGAAUGUUUUACGUUUUCUGGAAUGGAUAUUCGCCUGCCAAAUGUUCCCGUCAAAGAAAUUACCAACGUGCAGGAAUCGCGCGAGUUAUUUUCUUACACUCACGUAUGGUUGAAACGGGCCAGAUUGUUUUACUCCCUAAGAGACUAUCCUUUGCAAUACAUAAACAUAAUAUUGGAGCUCAGCGAGUUGUACAGAUUUUUGGCUUAUUACGAGAAAGAUUUGGAUUCCCAAUACGACGUGACGAAAAAGCGUUUCGAGACUUUGGAAACUUUGAGUUCCGUCUUGCGAGAAGUUAGACCGAGUUGCUACGCCACCAUGAGCUUGGAGAUUAUCAGAGAAAUUAUAGAUGUUCAGUUGGAAUUGAUGAACCUGAAUUUGAAGAAGUUAUACAAUCCCAUUGAGGAUACUGCUUUAAACGAGAGCGACUUGAAGAAGAGAAUCGACAUCGUUAAUGAUGUUAAUGUUAAAGUUGGGAAAAUUUAUAAUAAACGAAACGAGAGUAAAAUUUUACACAUCGCAGAAGACAAUAAGGAAGCCUUGCCGGGUACGUCGGAUGAAACGAUCACAGAAGUUGCCCAUGCCAAUUUCGUGUUAUAA